GUGCCGAUUUUGCUUGGCUCGCGAUGGUGGGGAAAAUAGUAAGACAAAGGAGGCUCCACCAGCCAGCGCCGAAGCCGACCGAGCCGCAGCAGAGCGGGGGCGAGAAGGUGCUUUCGGCGGCUGCGCUGACCUGCAGCGCUGACACCGAAAAGGGCAAGUCAGUUCUGACAUCAAACAUUUUUUCUGGGGUAAAUAUUGAUCCAAAAAUUCUGGUGAAGAAGUUGGACACUGAUUCAAGGAAUCCUGUUUCAGUUGUAAAAGAUGGAGAUGAAAAAGUACUUAUGUCUAAGAAAGAAAAAAUGAAGCUGCGUAAGGAGAGAUGGCUGCAAAAAAUCGAGGGUAUUAAGAUAGCAAAGCAGCAGCAAAAAGCAGAGGCAAAGCGAAAGGCUAUUCCAGUUGUUGGAGAUAUGCACCCAUUGAUGGAUGCUCUGCCUGAGCUUUCAGAUCUGGUGACAGUAAGAAAGUUCUGCAAACAGCGUAAUAAGAUGCAAAAGAAGAAGAAGGUGUUGACAAAUUUCAACCGGAUGAAAUCAGCCCAGAAACGCAAGGUCUUGGAGGAGGAAGUAGCACACUUUCACAAGACUACAUCAAACCCUUUGUUCAAAGCCAAUCCUCUGUCACUGAUUAGUGAGCAUCUUUCGAAAAGACUAAAACAGGAGGAGGAGGAAGAACCACUUUAAUGCCUUUACUGAGAAUGUUUGAAAGCACUAGAAAUCGACUCCACAGUGGCUUUAUCUGUACAGUGGGCUAACAUAACUUUUGGAAAUCAGUGGAUGAGAACCAGUAACCUUUUUUGCCGACCACAGAAAUAAUGUGGCCAACAUCAAUUUGUAAACUAUGAAUACUAGUUAUAAUUCUGGAUUGUUUUGUUGGAAACUUGCGGAAUUCUGUAGAUCUAGGACUGUUCCAAUU